CGGACUUCGAGGGACGGUUUCCGGGUUUCCCUUCCUGGGCUGGGACAGCGGCAAAGAGGAAGAGAGCUUCUGCUGAUUUACAAUAUUUCAAAGUUUACAAUCAGGCUCAUCAGUAAACAGAAGCGAUGUCUCAGUCUGGAGAAAAAGGCAAGUUCCCAGAUGCUACAGGUUAUGUAGGGUUUGCCAACCUGCCAAACCAAGUGCACAGAAAAUCAGUGAAAAAAGGGUUUGAAUUCACACUAAUGGUUGUUGGAGAGUCUGGUUUGGGGAAAUCAACACUAAUAAACAGCCUGUUCCUCACUGAUCUGUACCCUGAACGCUACAUCCCUGGUGCUGCAGAGAAGAUUGAGAGGACGGUGCAGAUUGAAGCAUCGACCGUGGAGAUCGAGGAGAGAGGAGUAAAGCUUCGCCUCACUGUGGUCGACACCCCUGGAUACGGCGACGCCAUCAACAGCCAGGACUGUUUCAAGACCAUCAUCCAGUACAUCGACAAUCAGUUUGAGCGUUACCUUCACGAUGAAAGCGGACUGAACAGAAGGCACAUUGUGGACAACAGGGUGCACUGCUGCUUCUACUUCAUAUCUCCCUUUGGACACGGUCUUAAGCCUCUGGAUGUGGAGUUUAUGAAGGCCAUCCACAGCAAAGUCAACAUAGUCCCAGUCAUCGCCAAGGCUGACACACUGACACUGAGAGAGAGGGAUCGUCUGAAGAGAAGGAUCCUGGAUGAGAUCGCAGAGCAAGGGAUCAGAAUUUAUCAGCUACCUGACGCCGACUCUGACGAGGACGAGGAGUUCAAGGAGCAGACCAGAGUCCUGAAGGCGAGUGUUCCCUUUGCUGUGAUUGGCUCUAACCAGCUGAUUGAGGUGAAGGGGAAGAAGAUUCGUGGCCGUCUGUACCCCUGGGGAGUUGUUGAAGUGGAGAACCCUGAGCACAAUGACUUCCUCAAACUUCGCACAAUGCUUGUGACCCACAUGCAAGACCUUCAGGAGGUAACUCAGGAUCUGCACUAUGAGAACUUCCGAUCAGAGAGGCUGAAGACAGCGGGCAGGGCUGUGGAUGAGGAUGUUGUGGACAAGGACCAGAUCCUGCUACAGAAAGAGGCUGAGCUGAGGCGCAUGCAAGAGAUGAUCGUUCAGAUGCAGGCACAGAUGAAGAUGAAAUCAGACGAGUAAGAGAGUCGGAGUAGAAGGGAAGCACACACACACACACACACACACACACACACACACACACACACAUACACACGUGGUGUUAUCUAGGAUAACAUCAUCUAUUUUCUGCACAACUCAAACACCACUUUCAAUUCUCCUCCUCCCUCCAAACAUCCAUCCAUCAGCUGUUCAGGAGCUCCUCUCUGUCACAACCCACAACCACUGAUUGUUCUUCCUUGCUACUAGUCUGAUGAGUUGAAGUAGGCAUAAUCAAAAAGGAUGAAAACAAAAUGUAUGGGAUAUUUAUGAACUACUGUAUAUCAGUUAUAUAGCGGUUAAUUUGAAUUGUGGUCUGCAGCGCUGCAAGUGAGUACGGUACUAAGAUGUUUUCAGUCACACUGACAAUUUUUUCAAAUUGUGCAUUAUGGUCAAGUCCAGGCUCCGUAUGCCACCAUGUCUCAUUUUUAUUGUAAUCGGAUGAAGGGAUUGUUUACCUUUUUUUCUUUUUUUAAUGACAUUUGUUGCCUUUCAUUUUACUAAUAGUUUAGGAUUGGUACAGUAGACGAUCAUGACAGCGAUGUGUAAUUGUGGUUAUAAAUGAGUUGUCUAAUUUGUCUGGUUUUUAAGUAAACAAAUUUGACCUUAAUUAUGUUAAACUAGAAACCUUCUUUUGUAACCAUGUUUUGUAGCAAACUAUAAUCUAAUUAUUUUUUAGCUUUUUGGUUUGAAAGCUUCUACAGUAAGCUAUAUGCAUAAAAAAAUGAAUAGCUCAGUUCUAAGAUGAAAUAACUAGGCUUAUUGUUCAAUAAAAUAAACAAAAAUCUUCUUAAUAUAUUUGUAUUUACCAUCAAGAGUUGCUGAUAUAAAUGUCCGUGCCAAACUACAGACUGAACACUAAUCAAACAAUUCAGUUUAAGAAACUUAAAGUGUCUUAUAUGCUCCUUCAGUAAUGUUUGUGUUUAAUGUUCUGUUUGUACACUACAUGUGCAGUGUCUUCGUUUUGUAUUUGAGCCUACUUUUUUUAAUACUAAAAAAAUCAACUUUAUGGUGUUUGAACUCCCUCUAUCUUUUCUGAGACUGAACAAUUAUUAUUUUUUCUUUAUUAGAGAAACUAACUGUGCUUUAUUGGCAUCAUUUUGUUUCACUAUUGUUUUGCUCUCUUGUGCAAAUGUGUAACAGGAACUUAUUAAGAGACAGUUAUGGUUUCUUAACCAUAUAUAAGUAGGAACUUGUUUUUAAGUGUCAAACUUUUGUACUUCUCUCAAUAAAAUUUGUUUUUAGACAACAA